UCCACGCGAUGCGCUGGUCUCCCGGUUGACCCUCGCUCGAUCCGAUGUCAAGGCCAUUCGACAAUCACCGAUACCGAUAAUCACCCUCGUCGCUAUAUAACGGACGGAGGAAGCUUUUGAAGUAGGUUUUUACCAUAAUGAUCAUGGUAGACGAUUCGGAAAGAUCGAUGAAAAAUUAACUGGGAAACGACCGAGAUGCUUGACUCAAUCGGUUAUGUGGAGACGAAGUUCGGGAUUAGAUCAAGUCGCGAAUCGAUCUAAAUUUGGCCAAAGUUUUUCGACGCUUAGAUAACCAGCGGGGAAAAAGCUGAGAUCUUUGCCAGUGAGUAAACUGUUCGCGCGAUUUGGGCAGAGAAUAAGUUGCAUAAUUUUCUUGAAUAUAGAAACUUUGUGGGGAAAUGAUAAUUUUACGAUAAUAGGAAGCGAACGGACUCCAGUGGCGAAUGUAUAAUUAACACAAUUAACUUACAGGUCGAUACAAAAGUUGUUUCGAUAAUAUCUGCGUCACGCGUGAAUGCGCGGUAAAUAAUCGGACUACGGGUGUUGUUGAAAAACGUCAGCUUUUUCCCGAGGUUCGCGAUCAUUCAGCGAUGUAGAGACACCCGUGACGCAGGUGGAGAGCUACUGAAUUUUCGGGAGUUCGCCAACGUCGGGGAAAAAUGUUCCCACCGAUUAAUCCGGUCGAUCCGGUGGGCUGAAAAGGUCAGUGCGAGGAUGAGGCGGAGGUCAAAAAGUGCUGAAAACCCUUGCCCAGUGAGGCGUGCGAAGUACUUCUGGAGAUGAGGUCGAGGCGAGGCUGCAGUGGACCAAAAGUCUGGAGGAGUUGAUAUCGGGGUGACUGAGUAUGUCGCGAGCAGCGCGCUCUCGUAGGUCCAACAUCUUUCCGUUAUCCCCCUCGACGACCCUCCACCUUCUAUCUGCUCUCCUUCUUACGCUCUCUUUGAAAGAUGUCAUCUCGACGAAGGAAAUCGCCCGGAGCGACGGCGUCGAUGGUAUUGAGAAGAGCAAUGAUACCGAGAUUUUUGACAUCGGUAAGACGAAAAUUCUCGCCGCGGGUGACAGCAGCAGGGAGUAUCUCGAAAAGUUGAUAAACAGUACGAAUUACGGAGAGAUCGGAAACGUCGAUAAGCGAACGGUUUUAUCAAACGCAAGUGGCAAUGCCGGAGAAACCAGCGUCGCGAUUUUGAACUUGAGAGGGCAGAGUUUUCCUAAAAUUUCGGACAGCGAUGGGAGAAUAACGACGACUCGGGAUAAAAACGAACUCGUAGUAACGAAGUCAGGCCUCGAUUACGACGCCGAAGACGACGAAGGCUCGACGGGACGACAAAGAACAACGGACCGGGCUAAUCUCGAGGCGAAAGUUGGGGGCGAGGCUCCUUUCUUGGGGUUCGUUGGUUCCCAAAAGUUUCCGGUAAGACCGACCUACAAGCCUCUGCCGCCACCGGAGAAGUUUGACAGGCGCCAUUUCGGACUGGCCAAACCGGAAACGGAGGAGAGCGGCUCGUCUGGAUCGACGUCGGAACCGGAUCUGCCAAAAAGCCCGAGUCGAGAUGUAGGUGUGCACAAUCCGAAGGUCGAGCGGCGGGAGGACGGACUUGAUCCAAACUCGACCGCUGUCGGACCGGAAGCGACUCACCAAAACUCUUCGGCAGCUCUUCCCGGAACUUCGCCCGGCCUUCGAGCUUUAGGAACAAUGUCGAAUGCCUCUCUGUUCGAUGGAAGGAACGAAACGCUGCCUGGUUCCGGGGCGGGGAGUCGAACCGGCGGCGUGAGAGGAAGCUUCGAAGCCAAUCUGGAGAACCUGACCUUGCCGAAAACCCCGGCCGUCCGUAUCGACGACUUUGGAAUACUGAGGGACCUGAACGGCGGAUUCGAAUCGGUCAGGAAUCGGUCCGUCGGUUUCGCGAACGGCAGGACGCGGUUUGGUGAUAGUGAAGGUGACAAGAUAAACGUGACUAUUCUCGGACUAUUCGAGCUGACCCAAGGCAACGAACCCAGACCCGAAGGACUCAGCGAACUUCAGGCCGCCAGGCUCGCCGUCGAGAGGAUCAACCAGAUGGACAAGACUCCCAGGUUCAGGAUACACCUCGUGCAUAAUGACACCAAGUGCGACCCGGGCGUCGGAGUCGACCGUUUCUUCCACGCUCUCUACUCCAGGCGAGACGCCCUGAUGCCUCUUCUCCUGGGCACAGCGUGCUCCGAGGUGACUGAAACCCUGGCAAAGAUCGUUCCCUACUGGAGCAUUGCCCAAGUCUCCUUCGGAUCUACGGCUCCGGCGCUGUCCGACGCCACAGAGUUUCCACUUUUCCGUCGCACCGUCGCACCAGACUCGAGUCACAACCCUGCCAGGAUCGCCCUGAUCAAGCACCUCGGCUGGGACACGGUCACGGCGCUAUCGCAGAACGGGGACAUGUACUCCCUGGCGGUAAAUGACUUGGUCACGGAGCUGGAACAAGCUAACAUCACGUGUACCGCCACCAUCACGUUUGCAGCGAACGACUACAAAGAGCAGCUGCGCACUUUAAAGGAACUGGACACAAGGAUAAUCAUCGCAAGCUUCUCCCCGGUCUUGGCACCCCGAGUUUUCUGCGAGGCCUGGAAGCUGGGGAUGCACGGUGGCGACUACGCCUGGAUUCUUCCAGGAGAUGCCGUCGACCUUUCCGGGGUGACAGGAGAAUGGUGGCACACAAGACCCGAGGACUGUUCGUCCUCCGAGUUGGCCUCGACCUUGGACGGCCUCGUGAUCGUCAAGAGCCACACGGUGGUCUUGGGUCCACGUAAGAGCGACGCCGGCUGGACAACAGCCGAGUUCACCACCGAGCUGGCGGCCAGAGGCGUGACCUUGUCAAGGUACGCCGCGCAGACCUUCGACGCAGUUUGGGCCAUGGCCCUCGCCUUGUCCAACGCCGAGAAUUACCUUAAUCACAGAAACAUCAGCAUGGCCGAGUACACGCACGGCAGGCGAGACCUUGCGGACCACAUUUUGCGCCAGCUCAGCCAGCUUGAAUUUAUGGGCGUUUCGGGUCCGGUGUCGUUUAAAGGUGCGGAUCGAAUCGGCAUCUCGGCUUUUUAUCAAAUGCACGGCCACACCUUGAGAAGAAUAGCCAUCUACACACCGACGAACGGAAGUUUGACGAUGACUUGCGCAGGUUGUGCAACUCCGCAGUGGCCAGGUGAACAUCCGCCAGCAGCUCGCCGAGUCUGCCGACUGAGGGUAGUUACCGUCGCCCCAGGAGUUUUCCUCGCCGUCGCUUGCCUCGCCAGCGUCGGUGCCACCCUGGCCCUGGCCUUCCUCGCCUUCAACCUCCACUUCCGGAAGCACAAAAGUAUAAAACUGUCAAGUCCGAAACUGAAUAACAUCGCUGCCGUUGGUUGCGCCCUCGUCUACGGAGCUGUGAUUCUCUUGGGACUCGACGAUGCUACCCUAUCUGACAGUGACGCAUACUUUCCGAUAGUCUGCACCGCCAGGGUCUACCUAUUGUCAGCUGGAUUUUCGCUCGCUUUUGGCUCGAUGUUCACCAAGACUUACAGGGUUCACAGGAUAUUCACGAGGAGCAGAAGUGGCGUUGUUAAGAAUAAGCUUUUACAAGACACGCAGCUGAUAAGCCUGAUCUUCGUUCUGCUGCUGAUUGACGGACUGGUCGUUACCUUGUGGGUGACCUUGGACCCGAUGCAGCGACACUUGCGAAAUCUCACCCUGGACAUCAGCUCGCAGGAUCGAGGUGUCGUCUAUCAGCCCCAGGUGGAAGUCUGCCGGUCCCAGCACACCAACGGCUGGCUUGGAGCCCUCUACGCUUACAAGGGACUUCUGCUUGUCGUCGGCGUUUACAUGGCAUGGGAAACGAGACACGUGAAAAUUCCUGCACUGAACGACUCUCAGUACAUCGGGAUGAGCGUUUAUUCUGUGGUUAUUACCUCCGUGAUCGUAGUGGUUUUGGCCAAUCUGAUGUCCGACCGAGCAACCCUGGCCUUUGUCACGAUCACGGCUUUAAUUCUGGCCUCAACGACUUCAACCCUGGCGCUCCUCUUUCUGCCUCAAUUGGCGAACAUAUUAGCCGGAGAAAGAGCGGAUCCGGUCGUGCAGAGCUUGGGACUGAAGAUCGAGUGUAACACAAGGCGAUUCGUCACGGACGACAGAAGAGAGCUGCAGUAUCGAGUCGAGGUACAAAACCGAGUGUAUCGCAAAGAGAUGGCUCAACUGGAACUGGAGCUUGCGAGAUUGGAAAAGCAGCUCGGCGAGGAACCUCCGGGUCCCUCCCAGGCUUCUUCAAACGCCUCGAUCCCUCAGAGAAACCCGAGCAUAGGGGGCGGACUUCCCCUUCUCCUCCUGAGUGUUCUGCCACCCGUAAUUCCGCGGGCAAGUUGGCCUUCAGCCGACCCGUCCGGCAUGCGCCGCGGAACCGUAGCCUUUAGCAGUCAGCCGGAUCUCGAGGACGGCCCUCGGAGGAGUCUCGCCGACAUCUACAAGCUCCAUCAGCGCAGAGAAACGGAAGGACCAAACCGGCUGGGCGUCUUCAACAGACUCUUCAGCCUCUUCGGCAGUCGACCCAACAGCCGAAAAACAUCCACCGCCUCCUUCACCGGGGUUGCCUCGGCGUUGCGUGUCCACAUGGGGUACAUCGCUGGUUUGGUUCCGGGUACGAAGGCCGCGUCAACUUGUCAGGUGGACACCCAAGGAACUCGACCACCGCAUCCUCGGUGCGGUUCCGGUCCUAUAAUCAGCAUAACCAGCGAGGAAGACCGAAGAUUAAGCCUGGGCCUCCAGCGGAAGGAGUGCAGCGAGCCAAGGGUGAACUUCACGCUUCCGCCACAUUCCAGCGCGAGCCAGUCGUCUUCGCGGGAAAAAAUCCGAGGCUCCCCUCGGUUCCCGCAUCGCAUUGUCCCGGCUAAUAGCCUCGGCACCAUUUCCACCCUUAGCCCUGACCAACCGCAACGAUGGCGGUCCAUGGAAGUCGCGGCCACCAGCCCUAAGCCGACCCAGAUUCCACGGGGUGUUUCGCUCAGUCCAAACUGCGACGUCUGGGCGACGUCCGAGGUCGGGAUCCCCCUCAGCGAGCUGGCCAACAGUGCGAGAGGGAGAAAACCACCGGAAACCCUGCCGUUGACCAUCCCAGCGGUCUCUGACGCAAGUCCAAACAGCUGGCUGGGCAGCGACUUGAGGAUGCUCUUCGGCGAGCAAUCACCGGGAGACUGCCACCGGAACGAUGAUGUAAGUCCGGAAAUUGAGGGGUCCGGUAUCAGGCCGGAAUCGGGUCUGACCGUACCCUUGAUCGUGUCCAGUGACCCGGUCAGUGACUCGAAUACCGAAUCUCCUGUCGGUGGAAACGGUUCCGGGUUUCUCUCACGCCACUCCACCCCGGAUCAUCACAGCCCUAAAGUAAUCGCGAAAGCUUUACAGGAGGUCGUUCUCCAUCCUCCCGGAUCCUCCGAGGUCGAAGGUCAACGGCGGGUGGCCGAGACAAACGGUAACGAGGGAUCCACCUAGAUCCUAAUCUGUGUGUUCCUUAUAGUCGUGUGCCAAUUAGGUCCCGCAGAAAUAUAUGUAUCUAACGAGUAAUUAAUGAGUGAAGGAAACGGUUGGUGUACACCUGUAUGAGUGGCGUUCGUCGAGACAUCCUGUUCCCGCAGAACCUCGGACGGCGGGAACUUUUUAUCUAGGUGAAUAUGGGAAAGGUGAGAUAACGGUGUCUAAUGGCACGGAAAAAUAAAGCUAGACGCAUGUUAGACGGUGUGUUGAGUUUACGGAAGUGUAGAAAGGACAACGGUAAAAUAGAUAAAUUCUUGCACCUUGCGGUAGAUUUGUUUCGACUAUGUAUAUGAACAAUAGAAGAUGCGAAUGCAAUUUAUUAAUCGAUUCCUUCGCUAUCCGGAAGCGACUUGCAGCAGAGUCAUUUUCACGGUUUAUAUCCUUGGGGUCACUGAACAUGAACCUGAUAUAAAAAUUUCUGCGUUCAACACAUAGUAGAAUCAAUUUACCGAAAGAAUAUUAAAUCGUUUUUGAAGUGACCAAGCUGUCGUGUAUAUUAGUUAUAUGGUGAACUUGCAAGCAAAGCAAAAAAUCGAAAUUUCUCUGCUACAACCUCGUUGCCCUGAAAUAGUUUGUCAUAGAUACCUACAAUAGUUUUGUAUUCGUCGUAUUAUCAAUUGUUCCUUGACUAAAAUAUCCAUAUGUAAUAAAUCCUUCCUUUAAAAAUACACAGCGUGGUUGAAGAAACGGGAAAGAUUGCCGUUUUGGGCAUAAUAUUUUGGGGGCCAAUGUACAAACAGUUGCAUCUGUUCGAAAUCCGACUGUAAGCCGUUUACUGUCAAUCAUAAUAAUCUUGUAUCUAGUCGUCGCCUGGGGAUUGUAGGAUAUGCAGCUGCAUGUGGGAUCAUCGGGCUCAGUAAAUCGAGCGUGUAAUAUUUGGUGAAAUAAUUCUGCGGGCCCAGAGCCAAAGUGUUCAGAGCUCCCUCUCUAGUACCUGCAUUGGCGUGAUAUCACGUGGUCCCUCUAUAUACAUAUACAUAUACGUAUGUUAUAUCUACAUAUUAGGUAAGGGUAAAUGAAAUUUAUUGACCAGUAUGACGGUGGAGGAUGACGAUGAAACGUAUACAUAUUUUCGUGCUCCUGUUAUGUAUUAUACCAGAUACGCGAGCGGUGGCAUCCCCUCGUUUUGUAUAUCCGGAGAUCAUGUAAACUGCAAUUACUUAUUUCGUACUAAUACAUAAGUGUCUCGAUGUGUCAAUCAAUGAUCAAUCUUUAAAUAAUAAGCAAUAAUCAGCAUUGUCUGUGCAAUAAUCGUAAGAAAAGAUAGCAUAUACGAUAAAUAUAAAUAUAUAUAUAUAUUGUA